AGUGGCUAAAGGAUCUCAGUUGGAUUUGGAACCAACAGAAGAAGGUUCAGUAAAAUCAGGAAGAGUGUUUAUUUGAGUGAUUAAUAAGUGUAUAACAAUAGCGAAAAGCGACUGGAUUGCACCAAGUGACAGCUUCGCCUGCAGCAACAUGAAACACAUCUGCACAACGUCGCUGAUUGUUUCGCUGUUGAUCAUUUUCACCGAUGCCCAAACCUUCCAGUAUUCGCGCGGCUGGACUAAUGGCAAACGUUCUUCAGCGGAACCUGCCGGGGCAGCUCCCGGACAGGUGUUGAUACCCCGUUUCAACGUUGCACUGGACAAACCGAACGAUAAAUUGCUGAUUCAACGCUUUCUGAAGGCCCCGUGCGAUGUUCGGUUAGCGACUGCCCUGAUAAACCGCAACCGAGAUCUGAUGCAGCAGCUAAGCAACGAUGCGGACGCGAUGGCCAUUCUGUACGAUUCGCCCAGCAGCAGUAGCAGCAAUGGUGGCUCCGAAAGUGGUCCCAGUGAUGAGCUUCGCUUCAAGCGUGAUAUUGCCGUCGAUCAGGAUAACACCGGUCGACUGAUCCGGUUCUAAUUGUACAUGGAUAUCGAAGUCGGAUACGGGAGGGGACACACUGCGCUUGCCGGGCCGGAUAACUUCGUUCAGUACUACUCGUUGCAUCUGGAGAGGAAGUUUGGGGUUCUGUUGAGAGGGCUUCCUAUUAAUUUUUUACUUUUUCUUAUGAUGACAGCCAGAGUUAUGGCUUGAAUCAAAAAAACAACAGGGUGAACCAUCAAGUUAUGAUUGUGCAAAAUCGUUUUAAGGCGGAUGUUAUCGAACAAUGUAUAAAAUAGGUGGGAUCCAGAGAUUAACAAAAUAAUAUAUGAUAUACCAAAACAUUAAAAUACAUUCCUGAAGUUCAAUGUUUACAA